CACCGCGGCAGCGAUAUUGGUAGGUAGGUAGGUAGGUACUGUACGGGUUGGCGGAGGUGAGGAAAUCGUAAUAACAAUAAUAUAGUGAUAGUAACAGUUAUACACCGAAAACGUUAUUAUUUAAUAAUAAUAAUAUAAUGUGUAUUAUAUUAUACUAUCGCGCGUUUCAUAACGGCGACGGGUGCGGGACGUGUGCCCGUCGAGGCCGCUGCAGACCGGACUUGGAAAUAGUGUGUGCUCCGACAACGCGUACGACCGGACCGCAAGAGACGAAGAAUAAAACGGAACGAUAUCGUCCGCAAUCGGCCCAGCCAAGCGCCAUAACGUCAUUAUGAUGGCACUGAAGUUCAUACUCGUGUACUUUGUCGUCACCACAACCGUCGUCUCGUCCGAUAGUUUAUUGGACUUGACCGCGUCCAAGAUCGAGAUGACGCCGAACAACACGAUCCAAUACUUGCAGUUUGAAGACUUGUCAUUCAAUCUUACGGAUUUCACGAUUUGCACGUGGAUAAAACUGUUAAAUUUCACCCACACACAAACUAUAAUACGCCUAACAGGAAAUAAAAAAGAACCGUUAUUGUUAUGGCGGAUGCACGUACAUCCCAAAGAAACUAUGAGAGUGACGAUCAAAAAUCGCCUGGUGGCCUCGGAGGGUAUGCAAUUGACCAGAGGACAGUGGCACCAUGUAUGCUUUCAGUGGAAGGGUUUUACUGGCGUCUGGGCGACGUUUGUCAACGCUAAAAUCCACUCGGUCGGACAAAUACCUGUGGUCAGCAAUGACACGAUGUCAUCGAACGCGUGGAAGCUGAACGGGAGUGGCACCGGACUGGUGGGCGACGAUGGCGCGCCCUGCCGAAACGGUUGGCAAGCGUACGGCCUAUACUUGACCGGUCCGGCGACGACGACGACGACGGUGGACGCGGCCAACGCGACCGGCAAGCCGCCGCGGAACUCGACCGCCGCCGCCGCGUCCAGGAGGACUGCGAAGAACAACAGCAAGCGACAAGCGGUGUUCGAAUCGGACCCGGACGACACGUCGUCCGGCGACGGCGGUUCCGGACCGUCCAAAUCGUUCCAGUGGUUCAGCAAGACGUUCGCGUUCAUCAAACGCAUGUUCACGUUCGUCAUCAUACCGUUUUUCAAGUUCGUGCGGAACACGUUCUUCCAGACCCGUUCGUUGGACGACACGGUGGUGGACGUGAGCGAGACGCACCUGACGGUCAGCGACAUCAAGUACGAGCCCGCGCCGUCGUCCGCGGCCACGGUCACGGUGGCCGCCUCCAGCGAGCCGUCCUCCGACGACGAAAGCGUCAACAAAGUCAAUCGGCGAUCGUCCUCGUCGUCGUCAACGUCGUCAUCGUCAACGUCGUCGUCGUCGUCGUCGUCGGCGUCAAAGAGGGAAACGGACGACGACGGCCGUUGCGGUGGCGGCGCGCGGGCCGGCGACGAUCGCGUGACGGCGGCCGACCUGGUGGCCGCGGCGGGGUCGGGGACGACGGUGGCCGUGGACGACGCGCUUUCGCCGAACGCCAAACGGUACUUGCGGAUGGUGAGCGACGGCCUGAACGACGUGGGCGUGAACGCGGCGUUCGUCAAACGGGCGUUCGCGUGUUGCGGCCGCGGUCCGUUUGAUCCGCGGGCCGACAUGGCGGUUAUCGACUGGGACCGGACACGGGCCCGCUCGCACGACGUGAUCGUGUCGCCACACGUCUGCGGACGAUAUUGACCGCCAGCUCAAACCUUUUCGUUUUUCCACCCCGCGCGCCCGUCACUUUGUUUUUGACCCGUUUUCGUCCCGUCAUCAAGGCGACGCGUUAUUUUAUUAUUAUUAUUAUUAUUAUGUUAUAGGUACGUCUCAAAUCGAAUCGUAUGAUCCCGCGCGCGUAUGGCGUCGGAAAAUCUGAAAGCCUUAAACAAACAUUCACCCCCCCCCCUCUUCAUACACAUACACACGCACAUAACGACAGAAUCUUGUUAGGGUAGGAAAGUUUAUUGCUAAUCGAUAAGUUCUGGGUAGGUAUUUUAUUAUUAUAUGAUAGCGAAAAGUAUCUAAAGAUUCUCUCUCUCAGAAGUUACCGUUUCGCAUGACGUUUCGUAAAAAGGUUAUUCGAUAUGUUUAUCAUAUGUCAUCGUCGUAUGGUACGAGUGUAACUGUAUAAUAAACACGCAAUCUAUACUCGAGUUACUUUUCAUUUUGAUUGAUAUUAUACUCUCUAUUUUUGACGAAUUCAAAAAUAUAUACAUAUUUAACUAAAAUACAUUCUUUUAGAAGAAUGAACGACUAUUUUAUAGACGAUGACGUGUUCUUAUAUUUAAUUCCGUAACCAAACUUUCGAUCCGACAUUACGUUUUACGUCUAUCAAGAAGAGUUAGUGAACGUAGAAUAUACACGAUACUCGUGUACGAGUACGAUUUAUAUAAUAUGGAUGUAUAAGAAAAAAUAUUUUAUUAGAAAGUAUUUAUAAAUAUAGUAUUAUUUUUAGUUUGUAAUAGUUUUUUUUUUUUUUUUUUAAUGAACACAUAUUAUUUAUAUAUUUUAUGUAAUUAUAUUUGAAUACUUUUUAAAAAAUUUAUGUUAUAGUAUUACAAGACUGUCGGAUAUAGGAUAAAUCAAUGAAUAGUAUUAAACAAUAAAAUAAAAAUAACGAGAAUAACAUACGUCACACCAGCCUCCCAUCCCAUUUUCAAAAUUUGGAAAUUAUGUUAUUCUAUUCUUUAGUAACAUCAUUUGUACGAAUUUGUACGACCGAAGGGCCUAAGUUAUAUCAAAAACCCUUUUUGGUGGGAGGAGAGAACGUGACUAUAAUCACAAGCAUUUAUCUUACAUAUAGAUAUAUAGUUAAGUACAAUAGUCAAUCUAUACUAUUUCUACUUCUCAAUAUCAAUUUUAUUCAAUUUUCAAAACCAGGAAAUAGAAUAAUUAUAAUUAUCUUUAAAUUGUUACCUUCUAUAAAGACUAAAAUAAUAUUAUGACAAAAAUAAUAAAAAUAGAUAUAUUUUAAGUUUUAAAUUGUCCUCUGUAAUACUAGUAUUGACACCGUAAUAUUGUGUAAAACAAAGUAACAUGUUAUAGUACGUGAUCGUGUUGUAUGAUGAUCUAACCCUUCCAAAUGUUUUUAAACGAGAAGAUACGCGUUACUUUUUAUCGUAAGUGACUUUAUUAUGUACGUUUAUUAGCAAUUAAGUUUACGAUCGAAUAAAAUUUUAACACAAAAUCGAAUAUGAAAUAAAUAGGUACCUACUAAAAUUGUAUACAAUAUCAAAAACUCAUAAAAUAAUGUCGUUGGUUUUCCGAGUGUUUCAACUGCAGUAUAUGCACAUGAAAACCCCUAAUAAAUAAUAACACUAUAACAAUAUUAUUAGAAUUUACGAAAUACGCCCGCCAUAAUAUGCUUGCUAAUAAAAUUUAUUUUAAGUAGGUAUUAUGCGAUUUUCGUCCCCCCACAAAAUGCAGUUAGAAACAGUGUAAUUAUUUUUUAGGUUGUAUUGAAACAGUAUUGAACAUACGUGGACUAUAUUUAUUGUUUUAUUCGCGAGUUGAGAUGGUUAAAUAAUAUCAAUUUGUUUCGGAAAAUUGUUUUUUAUUCAAGUUCACGCUAUCACUACAAUAAUAAUACUAUAAUAUGCGUUUAUGUGUUGUUAUCGUUGUAUGAUUAUAUUUUACAUUUUUACCGCUAAACUAAGUCAUUGUUUUCAGAUGUUUAUAUUAUGUUAUUAUGUUAAUCGCGAUAUUUGUCGAUAUCAUAACGUCGGCUGUUUGCCGACGUUAUUAUUUGUAUGUGUGUGUGUUUUUUUUUUAAAUACGAUCACUCGUAGACUAUUUUAUCACAUAUAAUAUUUGCUGUUUGUUACAAACGAUUUGUUUAGUAUAUAAUAUAAGUAUGUACAGCAUAAUAUUAUUAUGCAUAUUUAAUAAUAAAUUGUACAACUCCGUUAUCGAAA